ACCCAAUCCGUCUUAAGUGGCCAACAUGCAUUUUUUUUUCCUCUAGUUUUUCUAACGUUUAUGACUUUUCUUUCCCUUCUUGGGUAGUCAGGUCCCGCAGCAUCGAAAACCUGGUCUGGUUCAACAUGCAUAGAAACCAAGACAACAAGAGUUGAGUAUAGUGUUCUUGUACCACAGACAGCGCAGGGUGUAGCACAUCAUUCCUCGAUCGAGCUCGCUCCAAUGGCAGAGACACCAAACAAAGGCCACAUCGUGAUGGUACCUCUCAUGGCACAAGGUCACCUCAUCCCAUUUCUCGCACUAGCAAGACAAAUCCAACAAAACACAAGCUUCACCAUCACCAUAGCCAACACACCCCAAAACAUUCAACACCUUCGAUCUGCACUUUCUUCUUCUACUACUCCUAAUCAUCAAAUCCAUCUUGCUGAGUUAGUACCCUUCAACUCUACCCAACACUCCAACAAAGACAACAACACACAAAAGGCUCCUCUCACUGACCUAUUGAAACUUGGCUAUGCAUCACUCACCCUUGAGCCUCCUUUUCGCUCCUUGAUAUCACAGAUCACAGAAGAAGACGGUCACCCUCCACUUUGCAUAAUAUCUGACAUGUUCCUUGGUUGGGUUAACAAUGUUGCAAAGAGCUUAGGCACUAGGAACCUAACCUUCACCACUUGUGGUGCUUAUGGUAUCUUGGCCUAUAUCUCUAUCUGGUCCAACCUCCCUCAUAGGAAAACUGAUUCUGAUGAGUUCCAUGUUCCGGGAUUCCCUCAAAACUACCGUUUCCACAAAACACAACUGCAUAGGUUUCUUCAAGCGGCUGAUGGCACCGAUGACUGGUCAAGAUUCCUCGUUCCACAGAUUCAACUUUCUAUGAAGUCUGAUGGGUGGAUUUGCAAUACGAUUGAAAAGAUAGAGCCUUUGGGGUUAAAGCUUCUCAGGAACUAUCUUCAACUUCCCGUUUGGGCCGUGGGGCCUCUCCUUCCACCUGCUUCACUCAUGGGUUCAAAACAUCGUUCAGGAAAGGAAACUGGCAUGGCUCUUGAUGCAUGCAUGGAGUGGCUGGAUUCAAAGGAUGAGAAUUCUGUUCUCUAUAUUUCAUUUGGGUCACUGCACACUAUCAGUGCAUCUCAAAUGAUGGCUUUGGCUGAGGGUUUGGAAGAGAGUGGCAAAUCGUUUAUUUGGGUUAUAAGGCCACCUGUUGGUUUUGACAUCAAUGGAGAGUUCAGUGCAGAAUGGUUGCCAAAAGGGUUUGAAGAGAGCAUGAGAGACACCAAACGUGGCCUUUUGGUGCACAAAUGGGGACCCCAGUUGGAGAUUCUGUCACACACUUCUACAGGAGCUUUUCUAAGCCAUUGUGGAUGGAACUCUGUGUUGGAGAGUCUCAGCUAUGGGGUGCCUAUGAUUGGGUGGCCAAUUGUUGCAGAUCAACCUUAUAAUGUGAAGAUGUUGGUGGAGGAAAUGGGUGUGGCUGUGGAACUUACUCGUUCUACGGAAACUGUUGUUUCUAGGGAGAAGGUUAAGAAGACCAUAGAAAUAGUUAUGGACUAUGAAGGGAAGGGAAAGGAGAUGAAGGAGAAGGCAAAUGAGAUUGCAGCUUACAUUAGAGAGGCCAAAACAGAGAAAGGUAAAGAAAAAGGGUCUUCUGUGAGAGCAAUGGAUGAGCUUGUUACAACCAUUUUAUCACCCAAGGUUCUGUGAUUUGUUGCAUUUAGAAUUUAGGAUUUGAAUGAUAUAAUAAAGUUGCUUGUGUGAGCAUACUUGUCAUAAACUGCUCACCAAUCUUUAACAUAAGACUGAGUCUUUGACAGUGUCUGUAUGAAGAUCAUUUCCAGAAUUUGCUCUGAUUAUUUAAAAUCUUUUUCUACUUGAUGUUGCUCAAA